AUGUGGCACUGCAUCCUGUCGGUCAAUCCGGAUCUGCCGCCCAUCAGUCGAAAAGUUACCGACGAAGCGGAGGGUCGGUACAUUGUCGCCGCGGUGUCCGCUGCCUCUGCUGACCAGCGCAGAGGUCGUGCAGGACGCCUUCGGCCAGGCCUCUGCCUUCGUCUUUGGAGUGCCGACGAGAAGCUGCAAGAGGAGGAUGCUCCUGCCGUUGUAGAGGAGGACCUCACAGGCACAAUCUUAUCUCUGGCAGCUUCUGGUGUGCCUCCUGGCUCGGUGCAAUCCUUGCCUUGGCUGGACCCGCCGCCACAGAAAUCUUUGGACCACGCCGUUGAGGUGCUGACGCUGCUGGGAGCCUUUGAAAACAAAGAGGAUUCCUUGGUGCUCUCGCCUCACGGCCGUGCCAUGGCCAGGCUGCCUUUGCAUCCGCGCCUGGCCCAUCUCGCUUUGAAAGCGCCCACCAUUCAGGACGAUGGCACCGAAGAUGCCGACUCUACCGUUGCAGAGCUCUGUGCCCUGCUCGAACAGGAGAGAGACACAUUGCAGCUACAGGAGCGUGGCGCCAAAGUCAGCGCUGCGCCUCGCUGUGCCGAUGCACGCGUCAGGCUGCUUGCUCUCAAGACGAGAGCACUUCCUGAUCGUUUGAAAGGCAUCCGUGCGAUUCCCGCACAGUGCCAGCAAGUACUGCAAAGUGCUGCCCAACUUCACAAGGAGCUCCCCUCUGCCACCAAAGCCGUGCGCAUUCGGGAUCCUGGACCUUUCCUCGCGCUGGCCUACCCGGAAAGGAUCGCGAGGCGGGUCAAGAACAACCGGUUCCUGCUUCGUGAUGGAACGUCCUGUAUUGUGAAGGACCCCAUCUUGCAGCAACAGGAGCACGGAUGUAAACAGCCAUCACGAUCCUGGGUUUCCCGAUGUUGUUUGACCCAAGACGUGGGUAGAGAACGAACUCAUUUCCAGGAGUUGCUUGCGGUGGGACGAAUGUUCAGAACCAAUGUCGUAACACUGGCGGCGCCACUGACUGCUUCAGAGGCCUUUGGUGCUACCUGCGGUUCGGCAUGGUUUCAGGUGCUGUACUGUAGGGGCCUUAACAAUUACCUAUACUGGGGGUUCCUGAUAAUGAUUAUAGUAUAA